UUUCCUUAUCUUGCUGAGGAAGGAACUUCAUUACAUCAUUAGUAUAUGAUCGAGCGGGAAAACCGAGUAUAUAUACACACACACACACGCAUCAAUUGUGCUCACUUCAAAAUUCACGUCUUGACACAAACACACUCUGUCUCUCUCAAAAAAAAUAAAAAAACUCUACUCAUCUCUCUGUCCGUACGAGCAAAAACACAGAACAGCCAUGGAGGGUCUUCGCGAGGAAGUGCCUCUUCCCCGUUCGGUGGACGAGUUGAUCGACAAAAUCUGCGCUGAUCAGAGCCAGGCGCACCCGGAGGCCAAGUUGCGGUGGAGGCUGGCGCAGCGCGGCGAAGAAGGGGCUCUGGAGAUCCUCCGCACUAUCGCCACCACCAAAAUCAAGAGAAGCCUCUCCGGUUUUAUCAUCCACUUGCUCGAGAGGUCCUCCUCUCCUCGUUCGACGCCGCCCAAAAGGCUCCGCCUUUCCGAUUCCCCGACCUCCGGUUCCGGAGUUUCGGACAAGGUUAUCACCGUCCAGUGUUAUGCUCCUCCGAAAGGUGCGACUGAGGCUGUUUCUCGCUGUCUCUUUCUAGAAGCUCCCACAGAAGGCGGAGAAGCGGUGAUGGCGGCUUUGGGGGAAUUAGAGUUCAGGAAACAGUUCCUGAUACUCAAUUACAUUGGCAGCAAUGAGCUUCAGACAGUUCUAAGGGCUGAAGAAAUUAGAAACCUCAAAGGUCUCCAAAUGGUGGAGUUCGAAAGGAAACUGUGGGAUCGCUUUGGCGUAAGAUAUGUUGAUCCACAAGACCGUGUAGUGAAUAAUGAUUGGGAUCCUGAACGAACCCACCUCUAUCAUUGUCAUGUUUCCACGGAAGGACGUUUUAGAUUCAAGGGCCCUUAUCUGGACAAAACGAAAACUCACUUGCAAAGGGAGCUAGGGGACGACAAUGUUUUAAUGGUGAAAUUUGGCGAAGAAAUAAAGGGAAACUCCUGUCUUGCUUCACGUCGCCCUUACUAUGCUGGCUACAGUAGCAUAGCUAGAGAAGGCAUUGUAGUUGGUUUACGCCGAUAUCACUUCUUUGUUUUUAAAGAUGGCGGAAAGGAAGAUGGCGUUAAGUGUUUUUUUGUUCGCACCCAUUCAGAUGCACUCGUUGAUCAGAAUGCACCAUAUAAAUUAUCUAAUAUAUCAAUUUCUGAAGCAAGACAUCUGUUUAUGCAUGCACACACAGUCUCUACUGUAGCUAAGUAUAUGGCUAGGUUGUCACUAAUUUUGUCCAAUACAUUUUGCCUCCUGAAUACUGAUAAACUAUCUUCUGUGCAAAUGAAGAUAAUUGAUGAUAUAUAUUGCAUGAAUGAACGUGGUGAUCCUAUCUGUAAAGACGGAAAACUUCUUAUUCAUACAGACGGGACUGGAUAUAUAUCAGAGGAUUUGGCUCGUUUAUGUCCCAACAUUGUACACGGAGGGAUUUGCAUCAAUGAUAAGGAUAUUGAGAUGAUUCAUAAUCAUGAUGGGCAUGUGGACAAUGUUGAGGAGCACGAAUGGCUAGGAAUUAAGACGCAAGAACCACCUAUAUUGAUACAAUCCCGUCUGUUUAACAAAGGCUAUGCAAUUAAAGGAACAUUUCUUGUGGACAAGAGGCUUGGCCCCAAAACAAUCGAGGUUCGGCGUUCAAUGGUUAAAGUUGAGCCUGACCCAGAUCUGUUGGACAAUCUUACACUGAAUUCAUUGGAAGUAGUUGGGACCAGAGUUUCAACAAAAAAAAAGAGAUGAAGCAAAAAUGGCAAAAGAGGGGGAGCGAGGAGAUAGAGAGAGGGACUGAAAUUUUGUGGUGUGCCGAUGUCGGACGGAUGUGGUUUUUAGUCGGAUCUGUUGUUGACGUCCGCACUCUCCUCUACGGACGUUUUUGACGGCAGCGCAAAAGGAGAGAAGAAAAUGAGUUUUAUCCGAACGGUCUUGUAUUUGAU